AUGUUUCGUCAAAUAGUUGUAACUGAAAAGCAUCGUCCCUAUCAGCGAUUGUUAUAUAGAUUCAACCCAGAGGAGCCUGUGAAGGAAUAUGAAAUGAAUAGAGUUACUUUUGGUCAAAUAUGUUCUCCAUUUAUUGCGAUUCGUACGCUACAUAAACUGGUCGACGAUGAAGCGUCUAACGAUGAAACAUUAAAGGCUAUCAUCCAUCGGGAUCUUUAUAUCGAUGACAUAGUCACCGGUACAAGUACUCUAAACGAAGCGCUCGAAUUGACACAAAACCUAAUCACAUUAUUCAAAAAGGGUAAGUUCGAACUGCGAAAAUGGUUAGGCAACUCUGAGCAACUGUUAACCCAUAUUCCGCUAGAACACCGACAAGUACUGCCAAUUACUUUCGAAGAACGGGAUUCCGGCUGUACAAAAGUUCUCGGUUUAAAGUGGGACCCAAAAGUGGACUCACUCAGCUACCAAUAUCAACCCUGUCCAGUAAAAUUCAGCAAAAGAGCAAUACUAUCAGAAAUCGCGCGUAUCUAUGAUCCUCUCGGCCUUCUCACUCCUGUUACAACGGAUUUAAAAAGACUAAUGAAAUACCUUUGGUUGGUUGGAGUAAAUUGGGAUGAAACAAUACCUGAAGAAGCAAUGACCUCUUUUACCCAAUACCACCGAGAGUUACCCGUUCUAGCUACCCUGCAAAUUCCUCGCAUGGUUACCCAUCCGAAUGCUACAUACGAGUUACACGGGUUUAGUGAUGCCUCUGAAGUAGCGUAUGCGGCUGCCGUGUACCUAAGAAUUGAUACUGGCACAGAAGUAAGGUGUCAUCUCUUGAUGGGAAAAUCUAAGAUAGCACCGGCUAAGAAGAUAUCUGUUCCGAGACUAGAGUUAUGUGGUGCUUGGUUAUUAGCUCGUCUUCUUGAGUUUGCGAAAGAUAACUUGUCCACAAUCAAUAUAGAAAAGGUUACCGCAUGGUCUGACUCCAUGACUCAUGUGGAAAAUUGGCGCCACGUACCAACCAAUGACAACCCAACGGACUGCGCAUCCAGUGGGCUCAGACCCGACCUUUUAGCCAACCACGACAUAUGGUGGUGUGGUCCUCCUUGUUCAGAGGAAGAAAAUGAAGAAAAACCUAUUACGCUUUUGUCCCAAGGAAAGGAGGAAGACUGCCGGCUUCUUUACCAAUCAGACAACUUACCAAAAGUGUUAAGACUCACCGUCUAUUGGUUAAGAUUUCGAGAUCGUCUUAGAAAAAAACCGUUCUUACCGAGCACUUCUCCACCUACCACCGACGAAACGGACAGAGCACUUCGAUCAUUAGUACGCUGGACUCAAGACGUAUAUUUUUCCGACGAGAAAAAAGACCUCUCCAUGGGAAAACCAGCUCGGAGGCAUUUAAGAAAAUUAACACCGCUUCUGGAUGACGAUCACUUGUUAAGGGUGGGCGGUCGUUUAGGAUAUGACGAAAUUCCUUACAAUGAAAAACAUCCCUUCUUGUUGCCAAAGUCUGCGUGA